UUUAAAUUUAAUAAGAUUUUCUCCGGUUCAUUCAGUCGCGGACGUGGCUUUGUUGGGCCAGGCAUUUAAAGAAUGGAAAAACACAAUUCGGGUUUCCUAGAGGACAAUGACUUGGAGCAUACAGAACCAUUCAAGAGAUUUGAUUUGGAUGAAAAGAGCACUUUGGAACUAAAUACUGAAGAACAAAAAUACUCAAACCAAGCCAAGCCUGUGGAAGCAUACAAUGGACUCGACCAAAGCAUUGUUCAACUGGCCACAAAAAAGAUCGAUCCAGAAGAGGGUAGCCAUUUGGAUUUAAAGGAGAGAACCAAAUCCAUAAAGAUGCUGGCCUGGUACUAUGCCCCAGUCUACUUGCUUUUCUGGGUAGGACUUUUCUUCGCUGUAGUUUAUCCGAUUUUCAAUCAUCUGCCUACUGGAGUCAAGUUGGAGGAGGAGUCUGAUCUUCCCAAUACCUUCAUUGCCCAGCGGGCGGAAAGCUUGCUUCUAAAACUGGAUCUAAUGGGACCCAAGAUUGCCGGGGACUAUGUUACUGAGGUGCUGAUGGUGGAACUACUGCUCAAGGAAAUUGAAAAGGUCCGCCAAGUGAUGAAAAGUGAUUUGUAUGACUUAGAGGUGGACGUCCAGCGAUCUAGUGGUGCCUUUCUCCACUGGCAGAUGGUGAACAUGUACCAGGGUAUUCAAAACGUGGUGGCUAAGCUCAGUUGUAAGAGCUCAAACAGUUCAUCCUACUUGCUGGUGAACAGUCACUACGAUUCCAAGCCAAGUAGCGUAGGAACUGGUGAUGCUGAAGUGAUGAUUGUGGCCAUGUUGGAGACCAUGCGUUUGAUGGCCAUUUCCGAGGAUACGUUUCUUCAUCCCAUUGUCUUUCUGUUUAACGGAGCCGAGGAACAGCCCUUCCACGGUUCGCAUAGCUUUAUAUCUAAACAUCGAUGGGCAGGCAACUGCAAGGCUCUAAUAAACCUAGACUCGGCCGGUGCUGGCGGACGUGAAAUUCUGUUCCAGGGGGGUCCCAACCAUCCAUGGCUAAUGCGGCAUUACAAAAAAAGUUCCAAACAUCCAUUUGCCACAACCAUGGCGGAGGAAAUUUUUCAGGCCGAUCUAAUUCCUUCCGAUACUGAUUUUCGAAUUUUUCGGGACUUUGGGCCAGUGCCUGGUUUGGAUUUGGCGGGUUGCUACAAUGGCUUUGUUUAUCACACCAAGUUCGAUCGCUUCAAAGUGAUAUCUCGAGGAUCACUUCAGAACACUGGCGAUAAUGUUUAUGGCCUGGUACGGAGCCUCUCCAAUGCCGAGGAAAUGUACGAUACGGCGGCCUACGCCGAGGGUCACUCGGUGUUCUUUGACUAUCUGGGACUGUUUUUCGUCUAUUACACCAAGGCUACGGGAGUUGCCCUGAAUAUUUCUUUCUCAUUGGGCGCCAUUCUUCUCGUGGCUUUGUCUCUGUGGCGCAUGUCAAAGGUUACAGGUCGCCGGCUCGGCACUUAUGCCAAAUCCUUUGGAAUGCAGUUCCUCCUGGCCAUUCUGGGUGUGCUUCUGGCCCUAGCUUUUCCUCUUCUGAUGAGUGUUUUCUAUGAUGCUGGCAAUCGAACUAUGACUUAUUUCAGUAAUAGUUGGCUGGUAAUAGGUCUCUUCAUUUGUCCUUCGCUGAUUGGACUGCUGUUGCCCUCGACCAUCUACUUGUCUUUGCGACACAGUGAAAAGAUACCCUAUAGCUAUCGGGUGCAGAUUGUUGGCCAUGCCCACUGUGUUCUGAUGGCGGUGUUGUGUAUUCUCCUGACUGCCGCUGGAAUUCGCACCGCCUAUCUGCUUAUGAUUUGUGUUUUCUUCUACGUAGGAGCUCUGAUUAUCAACUUGGCCAGUCGCCUGCACGAUAAAGGCCACCUUUGGAGUCUGGUGCUCGUGGCUUGUCAGGUACUGCCCUACCUCUACUUUACCUACUUGUUUCACGCUCUUCUGGUUAUCACGAUCCCCAUGACGAGCCGCAAAGGCAUGACCGCUAAUCCCGACCUGCUGAUAUCACUGGAGUGUGCUCUGGGCACGAUUUUGGGGUUCGUUUUUGUGGCCCCAUUGGUAAACCUCUUUCGUCGGCAGAAGAGCAUGGUUGGAGGCCUGGCCCUGGUCAUGUUCGUAUUCUGCAUGAUUUCCGUGUCAGAUGUGGGUUUCCCUUAUCGAGCACAGACCAAUGUAAUGCGAUUACAUUUCCUGGAAGUUCAUCGGAAGUUCUAUGAAUACGACGGAAGUAUUAGCUUGGAGGACAGCGGCUACUACUUUGACUUACAAGACCGACGCCUUGAGUCUCCCCUGCUGGGCAGGAUUAAUCUUACAGGAUUCACACGUCUGGAUGAGGACUGCAAGACUCAUAUGAAAUGUGGCGUGCCGUGUUUCAACCAUCGCUGGUGUGAUGCUGUUGAAGAUGGACAUUGGUUGCCGCGAGGUGAGCCCGUUGAUCUACCCGGAACUCCCGUGCUCGAGCUCUUGAACAAGACCCUUCUGGGCAACGAAUCCGAUUUGAGGGCUUACUACGAAUUCAGUGUUUCCGGGCCGCCAAGAAUGAGUCUGUUCAUCCUCCCCCUGAAAGGAGUAAAGAUGCUGAAGUGGUCUCUUCUUCAGGAAAUGCUGGACAACCCAUCAGUCUACAAGCCCCCAUAUCACAUUUUUAUUGGCUAUGGCAGUGACAGUUCUCCCAUCCUUUUCAACUUUGAACUGACGAAAGACCAUGGUAACUACAAUGAACCCGCAUUUGAGUUAGGUGUUUCUGGACACUAUAUGAGUCAUCUUAGUAAGCGGGAUGCAGCUACCCAGAAAUUUCUCGAGGAUCUACCAGACUUUGCCCAUCCCAUGGAAUGGCCAACUUCGUAUCAAAGAUUUGUGUUUUAAAAAGACUUGCACAUAA